UCCCUUAUGUCUAUAUAUAGCUUUAUAUUAUGUUUACCGGCUUUGUGAAAAUGUACAGUAAUAUUUGACUUUUGUUUAUUUUAUCUAAUUAUUUCUAUGAAACGUUAAUAAUUAACUAUCAAUCACUAUCAAAGGACCACAACAAAGGUUUAAAAAAACAAGUUUGUUUUCAUUAAAGUUGUGGUGCAAACUUGACGGAAUCACGGACAUCCGGCAUUGUUUAUCUUUAUUUGUUCUCUUUUGAGAACCAUUUGAGAACCGCAGAAGAUAAGAAAAUUUGGAAAAUUUAUAUAAAAAACCAAAAUUCUUUGGUUAGUUGUGCAAAAAGUGUUUUACUUUAAGAUAUCUACUAUAUUUCAUUCAUCUAGUUCUCUUAUAUUGACUGAUACAAGUGUUAUAUAUUUUUAUAAGAAAACAACUUUUAAAAAACAAUGGCAUCCAGUCAGAUCGACAAGGUUCUAAACCUGUACAAGAUUCUUCAGCUGAAUCCCACGUUGAGCAAAGCCAGAAUUACGUCAGUUGCAAAAAAUGGAAUUACUAUUCAGAGUCAAUGGGCUCAGAAAAAUAUGGAGAGAAUCACAAAGCAAAAAUUUAUACAGGACUUUUGUCUUGACGCAGACUCUAAACUUCUCCAUAAAAGUUUCCCCGUUGAUGUCUCAAAUGAAAUUUUGAGCACAUUCUCAGAGGAUGAACAGUAUAAAGCAAUUUUAAGGCAAGUUACAAUAGACAAUACUUCCAAACAAUUCAUCGAAAUCUGGGAUAGACAACAUUUACUUAAAAAUUAUGAUCUCUCGGUAUAUGAUGCACAUGGAGACAUUUACACUGAUGAUCAAUUUGGUUCGUUUCAAUUUUCCCCGGAUAAAUCAAAACUACUUUAUGUUGCUGAGAAGAAGCCACAGAAAAGCGAACCCUUCUACAAACAAAAAACCCAAGAAAAGAGGGAAAAGGAAAUGAAGGACUCGGAAGUAAUAUCAAGGGGAACGGAAUAUGUCUUCAAACCACAUUGGGGUGAACAGUUGGUUGGCAAGCACAAAUCAGUUGCUGUAGUUAUUGAUAUUAAUGACGAUACGUUCAAAAUUAAUUCAUUUAUCCCUGAAGAAUAUUUCGUUGGACAAUUGACUUGGACUCCAAAUGGUGAAGAUUUAGUUGGUGUGGCAUGGAAAUGCCACACCAACCAAAGAUACUUAGGAUUAGCUGCCUGCACAAACAGAGCUAGUUGGAUCUUUCUCUUAAAAGCUUCUGAAUUCCGAAAAAUAUCAACUGAUGGAUGUGCUGCACGUGCUCCGCGAUUCAGUCCCGAUGGAAAAAGUCUCGUGUGGUUGGAGCGAGAUUUGGGAAGCGCACAUCAUUCUUGUCACAGAUUAAUGCAUUUCAAAUGGGAAGCAGAUGAAAAAGCAAACGCACUAAUAAAUAUUGUUCCUGAUUGCAUAUCGAUCGCUGAAGAUAAAAAAUUCCAUGGACUGUACAAUCAGAGCCUACCUCGUCGUUGUUUCAGUGAAGAUUCUCUAUAUGUUUUCUUGAGUACUCCCCAAAGAUAUAACAUAAAAUCUUAUGUGGUCAACAUUGAGACGAAAAAUUUGGUAGAAAUUCAAAAUAAUGGCAGCAGUUUAUUUGUUCUUGAUGUGACGGAAAAUAGAGUUUUGUUGAACAGAAUGUCUCUUAUUGAACCGCCACGUCUAGUCGUGGGACGUUUCAAUCCUUCAGCUGAGGCCACAAAACUGUCCAAUUUACAUUUGCUGGAAAUUACGAAACCUGUCGUGAUGCCAGAAGGAAUGGAGAAUUUUAUCAUUGAAAAUGUUGAUUACAAGUAUAAUUCUGAGGAAGAAGUCGAUGAAUUUAAUUACUCUUACUUCGGGGGAAAAAGCAGUGAAGAAAAAACAAUGCCCUGGAUUCUCAAUCUGCACGGUGGACCGCACUAUUCCUAUGAUAAUUCUUUCUCCAUUGAGGCUUGUAUUUUAGCCGUUUUAGGUUUCGGUAUUGUGCACGUGAAUUAUAGAGGAUCGGCAGGAGCGGGCGAUAAAAACAUUAAUUACCUACUGGGUAAAGUAGGCGAAGUGGACGUUGCAGAUUGCGUCACUGCCACCCACGACGCAUUAAAAAGGUACCCGUGGCUUGAUCCAAACUACAUCGGAUUGAGAGGAGGUUCCCAUGGAGGAUUUUUGGUUUCUCACCUCAGCUCUCAACAUCCCGAUCUGUAUAGAGCAGUUGUUUCAUUGAAUCCUGUGACUGACAUCGCAGCUAUGUAUGCUACAUCUGACAUCCCCGAUUGGUGUGCAGCUGAAGCCGGAACACCCUUCAUUGAAGCUUUACCGCCAUCAACAAAGGAGACAAAAUAUUCUGAAAUAUACCUUAAGAUGUUCAGUCAUUCGCCAAUCGUCCAUGCCGACAAAGUCAAAGCCCCCACUUUACUUCUUCUGGGCAGCAAUGACUUACGAGUACCAUUUUCCCAAGGAAAACUUUGGUACAACCGAUUGAAGGCAAACAACGUAAAGACAAAGAUGCACAUUUAUGAGGACAAUCACUCAUUGGCAACUGAUUCGGCAGAAAUAGAUAGAAUGAUCAACUGUAUACUCUGGUUGUUGGAACACAAUUCUAAGUCUAUUCCAUCGGAGGAAAAAGACGUUGACGGCAAAUCAUAAAAAAAGGAAACGAGUUGAGAAAACAAAGUAAACCUUUUUUAUUCUUAUACAGAUACUUGAUAUUUUAUACUUUUAUACUUACAAAGAAGUAUAAAUAUAGUAAACACGUAUUUUUAUAAUCCAGAUUUUUGUAACAAACAAUAUUCAUUAUUUUACUACAAAAUACGAAACAUUAAAGUUUAUUUACAUCCCGUAAUAAAAUUUUAAUUUACUAUA